AUGCCCGUCACGGCUAGGGUCCCGGCUCGGGUCAUGACACUAUCAGGAAAUCUUCACAAUGGUUUAUGCAAUGGUCUGCCAAAACUCCAAGAGCUUCAUCUAUCAGAAAACAAGCUUCAUGGUCAUAUGUCUAAAAGCUUAUCCAAUUGCUCACAACUUCAAAAGUUGUCUUUAUCGGAAAAUGUUUUUGAUGGACCAAUAAAUAGUGGAAUUGGAAGAUUAGCUAAUCUGCAGAUGUCGUCUCUCGGAUCUAACCAUUUUACUAGUAUGAUUUAUCUUGUGAAUGCUAGUGCUAUUUUAUCUAAUUACUUCAGAAUUAAUUUGUAUUACACAUUAACUGCAGGGAUAAUGCCACAAGAAAUUGGAGAUCUUGUUAAUUUAAUGAAAUUAGGUGUGGAGAGAUCAGAUUACCGGCUCUGUCCCAAUCUCCAUUUUCAACAUCUCAUCUCUGCAAUUUUUGUCUCUGUGGAGAAACAAUCUCAAAAUUUAACGUAUCUUAGUCUAUCUUUCAACCCUCUAAACAGCAUGCUUCCAGUAUCUGCAGUGAAUCUUUCCACGUCUCUUAUAAAGCUUUAUGCCGGGAGUUGCAGAAUAAAAGGGCGAGUUUCAAAUGUAGUUGGAAACUUAAGCAACUUAAUAGACAUCGACCUUUCCGAAAUAAUCUUGCGCUUGGAUGUCAUAGACUUGACUCAAAAUCAAUUUUCAGGUUCUCUUCCUAAUUGUUUAGGAAACGUUACUUCCCUUGGAGAGAUACAUUUGGGUUCCAAUAUAUUGAGUUCCAAUAUACCACCAAGCUUAGGGAACCUUAAAGAUCUAGUGGUUCUUGACUUAUCAUCAAACAACAUGGUAGGUUCUUUACCUCCACAAAUUGGAAAUCUAAAGGCUGUGACACUGAUUGAUUUGUCAAUGAAUAGAUUUUCAAAUAGAAUUCCUAAAGAAAUUGGAGGAUUGCAAAAUCUAGUGCACCUUUCAUUGAGAAACAAUGAGUUGCAAGGAUCUAUGCCUGACUCAAUGAACAACAUGUUUUUCAAUGUUUCUGAAAAUAAAUUGUACAGUGAAAUACCCUCGGGGGGUCCUUUCAAGAACCUCUUGAGUCAGUUUUUCAUCUACAAUGAAGCACUGUGUGGUUCUUCAAGAUUUAGUGUCCCGCCAUGCCUAACUUCAUCAGAGCACAAAUCAAAUAGGAAAAGAUUGCUAGCUCCAAUUCUUUUGCUAGGAAUUGCACUUCUGUAUGUUACUAUCACUUUUGUGUUUGUAUUAAGGUAUAGAAGAGGUAAAAGAACUCCUCAACAAGCUGAUUCAUUGUCUACAAUAAUAAGAGAAAGAAUUUCAUACUAUGAAUUGCUCCAAGCAACUGAUGCACUUAGUGAGAGUAAUUUGAUUGGUUCUGGAAGUUUUAGCUCUGUGUACAAAGGUACUCUCACAAGUGGGAAUCUGAUUACAGUUAAAGUGUUUAAUCUGAAAUUGGAAGCGGCAUUCAAGAGUUUUGAUACAGAAUGUGAAGUUUUGCGCGGCCUUCGUCAUAGGAAUCUCGUUAAAGUCAUCACUAGUUGUUCUAAUCUUGAUUUAAGGCUUUAG